AUUUUGACAUUUCCAUUGAAUUUUAUCUCCUCAAAAAGUGUUUUUCUCGCCUUCUCUAUCUCGAUGUAGAAGAAUAAAAAUAAUUUAUUAAUCAAUUUUUACAAAUUGUUAUUUUUUUUGUUUAGAAUUAGUUUAUAUAUUUUCAAAUUCAACACAAAAUCAAUCUAAAAAAAAAAAAAAACAUUCCAGAACCACCACAACAACCAGACCAAAACAACAAACAGGCAAAAAAAUGGAUGAAAUUGAUAAAAUCAUCGUCCAUUCAUUGCGGCAAAUCGGCUGCGAAAUUGACGAAGAAAUUGUCAGUCUAUCAAGUUUCUCCCCCGAAUUAAUCGUCCAAACUGUCUCAAAAUGUUUCCAACUUAUAAAUCCGUCUUUAGUCUUGCCCAGUUCGCUGCCACCCGCAAUGGCACAGCGAUUUGCUGUUGCAACAACACUCGCCGAAGCUUGUGUUCUGAUUGGCUUCCGUGGCGAUAUUGGCUAUCAAACGUUUCUCUAUUCGAAUAUUGUCGAGGUGAGGAGACUUUUUAUGUUUCUAAUUGAAAUGCUUCCCAAAGAAAAUGAAAAUCUUCUCUUCGAACAAACACUCGAAGUGACAACUGACAAGUUGACUUCGUUGGAAGAGAAGAUUAAGAAAAAUGUCCACUAUUCUAUGAAUAGUGCCUGGGUGACUCAAUAUUGUAGGAAAUUUGGGAUGAGGGAGUGGAAUAAGGUAUUUAUUGAUUCCUAUUCCCAAACGACUCCAUUCAAGUCGAAAGUUAAUCUAAACGUUCCACGUUUAUCGUCGUCACAAAAGAAUGAAUCAGUAGCUUCUCCAGAAUUGCAAAAGUAUUGGCUUAAGAGGUCACCUGGCAUCUUCCAGGAGACCAAAAUCAAUACUCUGCCCAAUUCUCUGAUUCAUAUGAAUGACAAAGAAUGUAAAAUAGUCGAUUCCAUGAAACUGGACACAGACAAGCUUAUUGAAUUGAUAAAUACUCAGAGCGAACAGUCUUCGUUGGCCAUGUCGGCUAACGUGACUGUUCCCAAAGCUAAGACAGCUGCUCUGGUCAAGAUUGCUUCCGUUGAAGGAGGCGAUAAGAAAAAAGGCAGCACUUACUUAGUCUCUCUUUUCAGUUCUAUCCAAGAUCUGAAUAAGGACAUUGAACAGCUCCGACAGACAAUCGAUGAGCAUCUCUCGGAACACAAACAGAUUCAAAUAAGCAUCAAUAAUACCAAGGAACUUCGUAAACAAUCUCAAGUCACUCAGGCAAAAUUGAGAGAAGAAAAGAAAGUCCACGAGAGGACUUGUGUGGUUCUGGAGAAUCCCGAAGUGAAUAUAGCCAAAAUGGAAGCAUUAAUUGCUUCCACACAAAGUCGAAAGGCAAAGUUGGAAGAGAAAUGGGUUCAACAUAGGGAACCCCUACAACAAGCUUGGGAAAAGACCAAAGCAAAGAAUGCAAAUUCCGCCCUAGCAAAUGACGGACUGAAAAAGCUCGAGUCCAUCCAAGAGAAAGUCACUAAACUCGAAGCUGACUUGAAAGCCAAAUCAGCUCUGCACACUCAAUUGGUGGGUGUUUUGCAGAAAGAAAAUCGAACGACCAGCCGAAAGGCAUAUACAACUCGAAUCCUAGAAAUUAUUGGUAAUAUUCGUAAGCAAAAAGAUGACAUCGAAAAGGUUUUGAGGGACACAAGGCAGCUUCAGAAGCAAAUUAAUACAAUCACUGGGCAAUUGGAUCGACAAUUUACUGUUGCUGAUGAUUUGCUUUUUACGACUGCUAAAGAUAGUGAGAGUUCAAAGAAGGCGUAUAAGUUAUUAAUCACAUUGCAUUCGCAUUGUUCGAAUUUGAUUGUUUUGGUUAAAGAGACGGGAGAUGUGAUGAGGGAGGUGAGAGAUUUGGAAGAUCAAAUUGAGCAGGAAAAAUCGAGGAAUAUUCUUGCCAAUCUAGAGAAUAUUCUGGGGGAUUUGAAAUUAAUGGAGGUGGAGAGUAAAAAUUUGCAGGAGAAAAUAAGUAAAAUUGAGAAUCAAAUAGUCAAGGAAUGAAAAAUGCAAAAAUAUUAUUAAUAAAAAAAACUAGCCCAAAAGUUAACAUAAAUUUAUUAUGUGUAAAUUUUUUUCUUAAAAAAAAAAAAAAUACCAGUGAAGAGCUGUUUUCUUAUAUUAUUUUAUUAUUUGUUUUUUUUUUUCUUUAAUUUUACUUAUUAUUAAACUAUAAAGCUGUGCCAAUUGUAGAAGAAAAUAUCGUUAUUUAUGCAUUUAUUAAAAAAAAAAUAUUAUUGUAGAAACUUAAAACACAAACACUCUUUGUUUUCUUACACACAAUUA